AUGACGACAACGACAAGGGAACACCCUGAAACGCGUGACCAACACGGUGCGGCGCCUCCAUUUCCGAACAUCACGAAAUGGCUGGGCCUAGAGGAUACGGCAGAGGGUGCAGCUAUUGCAGCUGCUGGCUUAGCACUGGGGGAAGAUCUCUUCCGGCAGCGCCCUCGAAGUCGUUCAACUUCGCCUCGUGCCGCAGAGAGAGACCAUGAUCUCACCCCGAAAUCCCAGAGUAGACCAUCUUCGCCAGAGAUGGCCCGAAAUCAAGGUCAGUCACGACGAAUGUCUCUCAACCGGUCGACAGAGUCGCCAACUGCAGUACCUUUGCACUUCCGUCGACCCCCGAUGUCACCUGGUCUGACAAGAUCAGUACCAGCCGAAGACACAACUCCACCGGGAUCUACAGGCUCCCCGACUCAAUCUCGCCAUCGCCGUCCCAAGUCUGUCGAAAUGUCGGGUGAAAUGCGGCCCCUAUUCCUAGUAGAACGCCACGGCUCAGCUAAGGUGGAGUCAGAGGUUGGUGAAAAGCUACCCUCGCUCCCAUCUAGUAAGGCUUCUUCACGAGCUGCCUCUGUGGAGAACUUGAGAGCCCUUAAUGACGAAGAUGCUGUCAUGACAUGGGAGCCAAUUCAAUCUACUCCUUUGAUAGACCGCAGGCCGAGUCUGAAGAUUUCUACGGAGCGAGCCAACGAGGCCGAAACAGAGCAUGAUCUUCUUGAUUCGCAACAAGCAACCCCAACAGCGCAGAACUUCAGGGAACCUUCAGAGUCAGCAAAGAAGGAGAGGCAAAAGCCCGAGUUCUAUUCGCCAUCAGAUCUUCUGCGAGAUCCUACUGCUUAUCCGGACCCCUCAUCAAUCACCGAGGCUCUUCCUUCGCCUGAAGGAUCGGUGAUUGCUGUCAAAGACCUGCCCGAAAAUGCUAGCGCCGAUGAUGAGCAUGCGCGUGAGCUUGAUAUUGCGCAAGAGGAACCUCCGGCCACAGAGGAAAUUUCUUCAGCAGCAAAGCCCAUGUCUGAAACUACUGGUCUUGGAUUUGCUGGUAUUGUUGACGCUGCUGUCAUUGCUGCUGGAAAGGACGACACUAAGCCUUCAGAAUCCACUGAAAAAGAGAUUUCCGAGCCAACAACCCAGUCAAGCGAUCCAUCAAGCAUUGGAAAUACUGAAAAUGAAGUUGCUGAAAAGGCUCUGCCCGAGACAAGCUUUGAAUCAUCCGUUGAAUCCGAAACGAAACUCCAGGGAUUUUCUGAUGUCGUUGAUGCUGCUGUUGCUGCUCAGGCGUCCCACAAUGAAACGCCUGUCGAUAAAGAGCUGGGUGAGAUUAGUACGGUCAUUGAAGAACAGCCAUCCGUGCCACUUGAACCCGUGUCAUCGGUUGAAGUUGAAGCAAGCAAGGAGCUGGUUCCUGAAUUUCCUGAACAGCCCAUUGAACCUGUUUCAUCUCAGCCACAGGAGCAGUCUCAACUGCAGGAGGAGCCGGUCGUCGACGAGGCAAAUUUGUCAAAGUCUCAAAAGAAGAAGAAAAAGAAGGGAAAGAAGAAGCAAGCUGAUGAGAGCACUGAAUUACCUUCUGAGUCUGCGACGACCACCGAAGACCAUAUUCCCGCUGUUGAUGCCACGGAAGGUGAAUCUCGCUCCAUUGAGCUCGAAUCAACUCCUGUUGACAACGAAGUCCUUCCCGAACCCCAGUCUAAGCUUGCACCAGUGGAAGCUUCCAGAGAGGUAGAGGUCGGAGUCGACAAUUCGUCUGCUGCUCCUGCUGAGUCUCCCGAAGGCUUGGAACGAUGUGUUGAUGAACAGCCUCUGCCCACCGCCGAGCCAGAUCUAAGUGCCUCUGCACCAGUUGAGGCCGAGUUUGUCGAGGCCGCAACUGCUCCUGAGCCCGAGGCGCAGUCCGAGCGGGAGACUGUGACUGAAGCUGUGAAUGAAGAUCAUGCCGAAAUAUCCGCUGGGAUGUCGAAGAAGAAAAAGAAGAACAAAAAGAAUAAGAACAAAAGCAUUUCUUCUACAACCCCAGAAGAGGAAACAUCUCGCGAUGUGGUUGAAGACCAGGAACCCAUUGCUCAAACCGUGGACGCUGUUGAGGCUGGCGAGACUCCAGCUACGGAAGAACCCACAGAGAAAGACAUUCCCCAGGAAUCCGGCUUCACUGAUGCUCCCAUGCAGCCCGAGCAAGAGUCUUCCGACCAAGACAUGUGGGAGAUGGUGGAGCGCGGGGGUACUACCGAUGAACAGCAGGGCGAGGAAAUGAGCAAGUCAAUCGGCUCAUUCACAGCCCUUGAAGCGCCUACACCCGAGUCGCAUGAUAUGGAAUUCUCUCAGCCUGCUCCAGGGGGAGAGGUCACCGAGCAAGCAGAGGAAAUUACGGCAGAAACCACUCCUGAUGAUCGGGCCACCCUAGAAGAGGCACCUGAGACAGAUUCAGAAGCAUUCCACGAAGCAGUUGAGGAGCAAUCUACUCCGACUGAGGAGAAGAAGGAGGUUGAGACUGAGCCGGCCGAGGCCGUGCCAGAGAUUGUUGACACCACUCUUUCCGAACCACAGGAAACUGCGCCAGAAGAGGUUCUAGAGACUCAGUCAAAGAAGAAAAAGAACAAGAAGAAGAACCGCAAGUCUGCGGCCUUUGAAGAGGCAGAAACUCCGUCUGAGCCUCAGAUAGCUCCAGAGCCUGAACAAGUAACUAAAAAGAUUGAGCCUGAGGCUUCUGCACCUACUGAUGUCCCGGAAUCUGGAGAUUUUCAGUCAUCAGAGCCACAGGAGGCUGCUGUGGAUGUGCCGCUCUUGGUCUCUGAGGAGGCCACUACAGACGUGCCACCUGCUUCCGAGCAAGAAGUAUCACCUCGGGAGCCUGAAGCUACCCCGUCUGAUCUGAUCAAUGCCGAGCCUACACCUUCCGCAGAGCCGGUCAAAGAGGCCGAUGAAACACAAAACCAACCCGCUGCCGAUGCUGAAGCAGAAUCUGAAGCCCCUUUGACGCCAGCUCAAAAGAAGGCAGCCAAUAAGGCCGCUAAGAAGAAGGCAAAGCAGCAGAGCAUAUCCUCUUUCCCGGACGAGGAGACCCCGGCCGAAGCUUCACCUGCUGAUAAUCAGCGAGCCGAGCCUCAGGCCGAUGAGCUUGUCGAGCCUCAAGUGACAGAAGUUCCCGAGCCUACCCCUGAGACCGAUACUGCCAUUCGUGACGAAGCAAAGGAUGCACCCGUACCUGAGACCAUUCCGGCGGAGGUAGAGGAGACAAGGGAUUUAGAAGUUAAGCCUGAGUCUCUUCAGAAGCCUGAGCCUGAGCCUACUCUGGAAAUUGUCACAGAGACUGCUACCCCUGAUAUCAUUCCGACAGAUGCAGAACAAAUCAAGGAUCUGGAACCAGCAGUCGAGCCCUCUCAUGACGCUGUUGAAGAAACGCCUGUUGAAAGUGUUCCGGCAGAGACACCGUUCCAGCCUGCUGGAGCGGAGUCCAUCCAAGACGUAUCUGAAGUACCGCAAGACAAGCCUGAAGUUGAGCAGCUGUCCAUGGAGCCUCCGCCUGGCUUGUCAAAGACUCAGAAGCGGAAGUGGAAGGAGAAUCAGCGAAAAUUGCAGCAGCAGCUUAUGGAAUCUGCUGCUGAACAGACAACAGCUGAGGCUUCCGCUGCGCCUGAGCCAGCCCAGGAUCCUGUCGAAGAGACACCGGCUGUUGAGCGUACCCCAGCAGAAGAGCCGACCAAGGAACUAGAAGCUGCACCCGAGCCCUCACAAGAUCCUAUUGAAGAGACUCCUGCUGUUGAAGAGACGCCUGCUGUCGAAAGUGUUCCGGCGGAGGAACAACAAAGCAAGGAACUGGAAACCCAUCCUGAAUCUUCUACCGACCCCACUGCGGAAACCCCUGCCAAUCCUGUUAAAGCGGAGUCCAUUCAAGAGGUGUCUGAAGUACCGCAAGAAAAGCCUGAAGUUGAGCAGCUGUCCAUGGAGCCUCCGCCCGGCUUGUCAAAGACUCAGAAGAGGAAGUGGAAGGAAAAUCAGCGAAAGUUGCAGCAGCAGCUUAAUGAAUCUUUUGCUGAGCAGACACCAGCUGAGGCUUCCGCUGCACCUGAGCCAGCCCAGGAUCCUGUCGAAGAGACACCGGCUGUUGAAAGUACUUCGGCAGAAGAAGAACAGACCAAGGAAUUAGAAACUGCACCCCAGCCCUCUCAGGAUCCUAUCGAAGAGACUCCUGCUAUCGAAGAGACUCCUGCUGUCGAUAGUACUCCGGCGGAGGAACAACAGAGCAAGGAAGUAGAACCUCGGCCUGAAUCUUCUGCCGAUCCCACUGCGGAAACCCCUGCCAAUCCCGUUGAAGCGGAGUCCACUCAAGAGGUGCCUGAAGUACCACAAGAUAAGCCAGAGGUCGAGCAGCUGUCGAUGGAGCCCCCACCUGGCUUGUCUAAGUCUCAAAAGAGAAAGUGGAAGGAAAAUCAGCGGAAAUUGCAGGAGCAGAUGAUGAGCUCGGUUCCAGAACAGACAUCAGCCGAGCCUGCCGCUGCGCCUGAGCCAGUCCAGAGUACUAUUGAAGAGACUCCUGCUGUUGAAGAGACUCCUGUUGUUGAAGAGACUCCUGCUGUUGAAGAGACUCCUGCUGUUGAAGAGACUCCUGCUGUCGAAGAGACUCUAGCCGUUGAAGAGACUCCAGCCGUUGAAGAGACUCCAGCCGUUGAAGAGACUCCAGCCGUUGAAGAGACUCCAGCCGUUGAAGAGACUCCUGUUGAAGAGACUCCUGUUGAAGAGACUCCUGCUCUCGAAGAGACUCCUGCUAUUGAAAGUGCUUCGGCAGAGGAACACCAGAGCAAGGAAUUGGAAGUUCAGCCUGAAACUUCCGUGGAAGGCCCUAUAGAGACAUCUGCUCAGCUCGCCGAGGCUGAGUCUAGCCCAGAGGUGUCCGAAGUGGCCCAAGACAAGCCGAAAAUGGAGCAACUGUCUGACGAGCCUCCGCCUGGAUUGUCCAAAACCCAGAAGAGAAAGUGGAAGGAAAAUCAGCGGAAAUUGCAGCAGCAGAGGUUAAGCGAGCAGGCCGAAGCAGAGUCUGCUCCUGCCCCUACCCCUGCCCCUAAGCCCACUCAGGAUAAUAUUGAAGAUACUCCUGCCGUUGAAAAUGUUGUGGCAGACCUGGAGCAGGUUCAAUCGCAAGCUCAGCCUGAGCAAACCCAGGAGCCCGAAUUCUUUGGAGAAGGUACCGUGGAUACUUCUACUCAACCCGCCACUGAAUCCAUUCAAGAGGUUUCUGAGGUGUCACAAGAGAAGCCGGAAAUGGAGCUACUGUCUGACGAGCCUCCGCCUGGAUUGUCCAAAACCCAGAAAAGAAAGUGGAAGGACAAUCAGCGGAAAUUGCAGCAGCAGAUUUUAAGCGAGCAAACACCAGUCGAACCAGCCCCUGAGACUGAGCCUGUUGAAUCGACUAAAGAGAUCGACCUAUCUGCUCCCGCUGAAACCUCAGCUACUGAAAAGAUUGCGACGUCCAAUCCUGAUGUUGCUUCCGCGGAAUCUAGCCAAGAAAAUCAAGCAGAGCCUAUCGAGAAUAAACAGCCCAAGGAAGAGGAAUCAAUUGCGACUUCUAUUGCUCAGACACCCGUCGACAAUCAGGAGGUUGAGACACAAGGGGAAGAUCCUGCGUUGCCGAUAGUGGAGUCUGAACAGCCGAAAUCCGCCGCCGAGAAGAGAAAGGAGAAGAAGAACAAGCGAAAGUCCAAGCAGUUGGAGAGCCAGUCUGCUGAGGCUGAACCUUCUUCCGAGCAGACCACUACCGAGAAGGUGGAAGAGCAAGCAGCAGAAACAGACUCUGUAGCUCCUACUGAAGUCGAUCCUUCUACCGUCGAUGAGCCCACGAUCACACAGGCAGAUUAUGAGCCGAAGUCUGUCGACACACCCGAAGGCGAGGACUUUCAAGAUCCUUUGUCUAAGGAAACACUCUCUUUGAACGAAUCUCCCGAGGACAAUGGCGUUUCCGACCAGCUUGUUGAAGAAGCAGCUGUCAGUGCGGAUCUACCGGCUGACGUCCCUUCUACCGAACAGCCCGUCACAGAAGUUGUUGAGGACGCACCCACUGAGAACGUGGAGGAGACUGACUUGACCUCUGCCGGGUCAAAGAAAAAGAGCAAGAAGAAAAAGAAGAAGGGCCAGUCUACUCCCGCCGAAGAGGAGUCGCAGCCUGACUCACAGCCCGAGCCUCCUAAGGAAGAACAGACUACCGACCUGCUUGUUGCCAGCAAGGAAAGUGAAGAUAUACCCGAAGGCUUUGUACAGUCACAAGAAGCUGCUGAAACGCCCGCAGACGAGGUUUUGGUUAGUUCUGAGGCCGUUGAGACUCCUGAAGCUAUCCAAGUUAGCGAGGGCCUCCCUGAACCGGAAACUACAGAGACUCCAAAAGAGGCAGAGGAUGCAGGUGCCGGGAAUCAAACACUCCAAGGGGCUGAGGCUACCGUGGCCUCCGCAGCUGAAGUCGAAGAGGAAGAUCCUGAAUGGGCAAAUCUGUCUUCCAAGGAGCGAAAAAAGCGGAAGAAGCAGAAGGAAAAGGAAAGAAAGAACAAGGCUAAGUCCUUGGACUUGACCUCUGAGGUGCCUUCUACACCAACCGAGGCCCCUCAAAUUUUGGAUGAUCAGACUGCUACGGCCGAGGGUAGCAAUACUGUUGACCUUGAUGUUGAUGCUUCCAAACCAGAAGGCAUCGACAUUGAGCAACAGGGUGAGAAGAGCGAAACGGCCGAAGCUACUCAAUCCAUUGAGUCCAAGGCGAAUACCACUCCCGAUGUCGCCAGUAAGGAAGCCACGGACCCAGCCCAGCUGGGUGAGCAAGAGCUAACUGCCACCCUAGCCGAGCCCUCAACAGAAGCUGAUGUUUCCAAAGAAACGGAGCGACCUUCUGAGCCUACCACCGAGGCAGAACUCGAUACCGAAAUGACUGCCGAGGAACGUCGCAAAGCGAAGCGGGCGGACAAAAAGAAGAAACGCAAAUCAAAGAAUCUCGGUGCCGAUGACCCAGAUGCCGACAAAGCUGUUACCGCCGAAACAGAUACCACGGAACCCAAUGCAUCCGUGACGGCUUCCUCGCCUGCGGAAGAUGACGGUAAAGAACAUCAGUCCCACGACAUUGGAACGCCCGACGUACCGCCACAAAUUUUGACUUCGACUGAUGACAUCGUAUCUUCGCAGGUAGAGCAGCCGCAGUUAGAGAAUCGUUCUUCAGAUUAUCCUCCCCAACCCGUGCUUGAGCGUUCGAAUGAUUUUGGCGAACCGGAGGGUGUUGAGAAAGGAAUUGACGAGACUGCACCCGUUUUAUUGGAGGAGGUAGCAACAACUACAGGGGAAAAGGAGGUUGGUGAUGAGGAAGUUACGGAAGAGAAGAUUGACGAGCCGGUGGAGAAAGAUGUGGAAAAUGUACUGAUUGGGGAGGAACGGGAAGGAGCAAAGUUUGACAUUGUGGAUUCGAAGGAUGAGCCAUCUGUGUCGGAGAAAGAGACGAACACCGCUGAGGAGUCGACGCGAGAGAUGCCUGAUGAGGCACCUGUCGAGAAUACUGAGAUGACUCCAUCCGUUGGUGCUGAACCAGCACUAACCGAGGAGACGGAAACGUCCAAGAAGCAGAAGAAGAAGGACAAGAAAAAGAAGAAAAAGCAACAAGAGGAGGACAACAUUGAAAAAGAGGCCCCUGCUGAGCAAAAGCCAUCGGCUCCAGAAGACAAGAAGGAGCUAGAAGCUGUGUCUAGGCCCUUUGAGACCGAAACCAAGGAGGUGGCACAACCUGAGUCAAUACUGGCUACUGAUGACCCUGAGGUUGAUCAAGAGCAGCCCGCUAUCGAUGUACCCGAGCCACAGGUAGUCGAUACCAUCGAUCCUCCGAAGGAGAGUGAGGUCCCCGCGGAAGAACUCGAGUUCCAGGCGGAAGAGGAAGCAUUGGAAGAGGAAAUCACUCCUUCUGUCGCUGAUGCUGCAGCCUCCACAACCCAUUUGGACGUGGAAAAUAAGCCAGAGGCAGAAAAUUCUGCUGAGGAUGGAUUGACCGAUGUCCAGCAUCAUCAAGGCGUGGAGGAGACAGGAGAUCUCAGUUCCAUGGCCACCGAGGAGCAACAGCGAGCUGCAAGCGAUGAAAUUGAAUCCGUUGAGCCUUCUACUGAGCCUCCCUCCCAGAAGGAGCCAGCAGAGGAAUCAAAGGAGGCUGCGGCUUCAACAUCGGAAGUGCCAGAAAAGGUGCUCGCUGACACGCCGGCUGCCGAAGAGGUCGUGGACGAGUUCAAAGGAUUGAGUAAGAAGCAGAGAAAAAAGAAGAUGGCAGAGAAGGCUACUGCUGCUGCUGCUGCUGCUGCUGCCACCGUUGGCCUCGAGACCGAAAAUGCAUCUGAACCACAUUCUACUUCUGACAAGGUGUCUACCCAGCCUGUCCUAGAGCCCACCACUGAAACAUCUGAAAUCGCAGAUGUGACAACCAACUCCGAGUUGCAGCCCGAGUCUGCAAGUAUGGAUGUCAGCGAGCCGUCGGUACCGUUCACCGAUGAACCGGCGCAGCUUUCUGAGCCUUCGAAAGAUGUCGAACAGCCAAUAGACACGCCUGAGCAACCCGUUGAAACUUCUGAGCCAUUAGAAAAUCCCGACAGCGUGGCAGAGGAAUCUGCUACGCCCGAGCUCUCAAAAAAGGAAAAAAGAAAGGCUAAGAGGAAGUCAAAGCAGGUUGAGUCUACUAACGAUCUCCCUGACGAGCCAUCGGCCCCAGCUCCUGUGGCCGAGGAGCCCGAGGCUAUUGUCGGUGCUGAGGUGCCUAGCGCAGAAGAACAAACGGAAACUGUUCGAGAGGUCGAGACUGGACUCACAACUGAAGAGCCUGUGGAGAAAGUGCGUGAGAUUGAGCCUGAGCAUGUCGAAACUGUCAUCGCCCCCGAGCAUGAAACGCCUGCAGAGGAAGCUGAGCAGCAGGAGGAGAUUGAAGAAACUGAUGCUUUUGCUCUAAUGGCUCCAUUGGAUGUCUCCCCGGCUGAAGCCGAUCAGCAAGAUUUCUUUAUCCAGCCUACACAGGAACGUGCAGAGACCCUCGACCAGGACGUCGGCCCCGAGCACGAAGUAAAGGCCGACGUCGCGGGGGUCAGGAAUCAAGAAUCAGCUGCCGAGCAGGAGAAGUCUGAAAAUAUUAAAGAGUAUUUUGAAGAUUCACCUCGACAAGCGAAAGAUGAUGUGCUUGAUCAAACCAAAAUGUCGUCGAAGGAGCUCCGGAAGGCCAAGAAAAAGGGUCAUCUGUUGACCGCUCCGCUGGCAGAUGCUGAGGAACUUAUCCCGGAUUUGUCUUCUUCAGAGCCUAAGGACAUAGAUAUUCCGGCACCACAGCUCGUUACAGAAGUCGAGGAAGUGCCUUCGGAGGAAGCACAAACUACGAUAAACCCCGAAUCAACCAGCGAGCAAGAUCUACAGCCCAUCCCAGCAGCGGAAGCCCCAGAGCCUGCACCAAUUCCCUCAGAUUAUGUUACUGAAGAGCCAGACGUCUCGCUCUCGCGGAAAGAUUCUAAGGCUUCAAAGAAAGCAAGGAAGGCCGCCAAAAAGAGCCAAGCCUUGGAAAUGCAAACAUCAGCUAAUGCGACCGAUGAACACGAGUCAGCAUUGCCUCUUGACAAAGCAUUAUCUUCCAACGAGCAGGCUCAACUUGCUCAGACAACGCGCAAGACAAACCAAGAUGAGGAUUGGCCUACGAUUGAGUGGGAGCAGGGCAGAUCUGAAAAUCCCGCGCCACCUCAUGACCAAAGUGCCGAGCGUGAGCCUAUGUCUAUCCUUCCAGCAUCCGAAGCCAUUGAUGAGUAUGAUGAGCAUGCCAUCCCGGCAGCAUUGCGAGAAGCCAAGGAGCUGGAGGCAUCGGAGGAACCACUGAGCAAAAGCGCCAAAAAAAAGGCCAAGAAGAACAAAAAGAAAUCUGAGCAAGAAACCCUGACAGGCCCCGUACAGGAGGAGUCUCUCUGCAAAGAGGCCGAGCUGGCAAAUGAGUCAAUGCCAAAGCCAGCAGAAAUCUCGGCCUCACGCGAGAUUGAAGCUGAGCCUCCCGCGAGAACCCGCACCCCCGGAGGAUCCAGCGUCGCCGACGUUUUCCCUGGAUUACCUCGAGCAGGAUUUCGACUUAAGAAGACAGAUGCGUCGGUAAAAGAUAGUGCUGAGGAUGAGACGACAGAGGAAUUGGAAGCCAAUCGCGAUAUCGCGAUCCCCGUCUCGGAAGCACCCACAUACGCGACCAUUGAAUCCAAAGAGACAACUGAAACCAGCUAUGAGCUGCUACCUAAAGCUAUCAAAGGAAUCGAUCUUGUUUUGGAACAAGAUGUUCCAGCGACGGAGGUUACCAGGGAAGCAUCUACGGAGGAGCCAGACCUUCCAGCCUAUAGUGAACGUUUCUCGGAGGAACUGGCUUCAACACCGACGCUCUCUGCAUCAAAAGAACGAUCUUCUAUGCUCUUCAGCUCGUGCCCGUCUACUCGGACAGAAGAGCCGUCUUCGCCCCGACAUCUCCUGCCAUCCCAAAUGGAGACUGUCGCUGAACCAUGUGGAUUGCGCCGAACUCCCUCCGUUAUUCACGGGCGACAUCAACACACUCCACGCACAUGGAAUUUGGAAGAUCAAUCCAUUCCAGCGAUCGCACCUUCACCACCUCGUUCUCUCUUUGGACCAUUCGACAAUGAUCCUACAUCUCGGCCCCGGACUCCACUAGACACAAUUGCGGAGCAAGACCCAGGGGACGGGCACAGAUCAACCACGGUUCAGCACGGGACGCCCCGUCUGGAGAUUAGGCCAGAACAUGUCUUACGACCUGUUACUCCAGAGCGACCAAUUCCUACUGCACGAAGUGUUUCUCCCGUGCGAAAAUUUACAGACAAUUCGCAUGGGCGGGAAACAUGGCCAACACCAGAAAAUGAAUCUCGACGAAGUCAAGAAGAUUUGGGCAAGAGAUAUGGUAGUGAAUCUCCUCUAAAAACACCUGAGGGGAUGCCGGUGUUGAGACCAUCUGGUAGUAAAGGCAAACUACGUCGAACGAAUAGGAGUACGAGUAGCGAUCUGCGGGCGGCUAGUCGUGCGCUAGACUCCCAGCCUCCCUCAAAUCUCGAUCUCGAUCAGCUUCCUUCCUCUUCUUCCUAUGACCCCGUCACCGACAAGGGCAAGCGUCCUAUGCGCAACAUGUCGGAUGUCUAUGAAGGAUGGGGUGAAACUCCAAGUUCCCCACGGUCGCCCAGCCGACCGCCUAGUGUCCGUCAUCGCCGAAGCAUGCAACACUUACAAGAUCUUGAAACUCGUCUCGAUCAACUAAUUUCGGAGAACCGCUUACUCAUUGCUGCCCGCGAUGAAGCUGAAGACAGAUUGCGUAAUUCCAGUGUCGCUCGCCGGAAGAGUGACCAGGCCCUCUACACCAGUGGUGCCGACUUGCGCGACAGCAAAGCCGAGGUGGAACAACUGAAGAGCUCCGUGGACUGGUUACAAAAGGAGACAGCCCGCCUCACCCAGGAGAAUGAAGGCUUGACAGCGUCUAAUGCCGCCCUCGCUGCCGCCCAUGCUGCCGAGGUGAGCAAUGUGCGGGAAACCUCAACCCGUGAGCUCGAUGUUUUACGGUCGCAACAUGACGAACUAUCAAGGCAAGUGGAUGAGCGCGUACGAGAAGAAAUCGAAUCGGCCCUAGCUCAGAAAGACACCGAAUUGCGGCGCCUGCGCAAAGAGCUCGAAGCCGCCCGCGAUAAGGUCCAGGAGCUACAGAAACAGAUAUCCGCGUCCGUCCAUGACAAUACCCUUGUCUUCCGUGAUGAGGAUUACUUCGACGCCUCUUGCCAGAAGCUCUGUGGCCAUGUUCAGCAGUGGGUGCUACGUUUCUCUAAGCACUCUGACCAUCGUCGCUGUCGUGCUCUAAGCGAACUGCACGACGAAAAGAUUGCUGAUCGCUUCGACAAUGCCCUCCUUGACGGUACUGACGCUGAUUCCUUGCUCUCGGACCGAGUGCGCCGACGCGAUGUGUUCAUGUCGGUCGUGAUGACCAUGGUCUGGGAAUACAUCUUCACCCGAUACCUAUUCGGCAUGGAUCGGGAACAACGCCAGAAACUCAAGUCGUUGGAGAAGCAACUGGGAGAAGUUGGCCCCCGUCGCGCAGUCCACCGCUGGCGCGCCACCACUUUGACCCUGCUGUCCCGGAGACCCGCAUUUGCUGCUCAGCGGGACAGUGACACUGAAGCUGUCGCUUUGGAGAUCUUCGGGACGCUAUCCCGUGUCCUCCCACCUCCGUCUCAAGUAGAAGCGCAGCUCCUUGAUUCUCUGCGCAAGGUACUGCGCGUCGCUGUCAACCUCUCCCUUGAGAUGCGCACUCAGCUGGCUGAGUUCAUCAUGCUGCCGCCGCUCCAGCCUGAAUACGACACUAAUGGGGACCUGGCCCGUCAGGUAUACUUCAAUGCAUCACUUAUGAAUGAGCGCAGUGGUGAAACCAGCUCGAAUGAUGAGCUGGAGACCCAGCAGGCGAUUGUGCGCAUUGUGCUCUUCCCUCUAGUUGUCAAGAAGGGUAACGAUAUUGGCGAGGGUGACGACGAGGUUGUCGUUUGCCCAGCUCAAGUCCUCAUCGCCCGCCCCGGCAAAGACAAGAAGAUCUCUCGAAUGAUGAGUGGUGACCGGAUGUCGCUGGACGCAAAUAAAUCCGUUCAUAGUGUGGCACCUUCCACCUUCACAAUGGACAUGGGCAGUAACCAAUUCUGA